UUAUUUAUUUAUUGAUAAUUACGGAUAGCUGCUAUGAAUUGAGCGUCAAGCCCCGGAGUACAUGGUGUAGCCGCUUUCGGCAAAGAGGUGUUCACUGGCCAGUGGUUCAUGAUCAGGGAGUCGUCAAAUAAUGGUAUUUGACGACUCCCUGUUCAUGAUGUAUUUUGAUUUUGUUCUGUGAACAAAAAAGCAGAGAAUAAUCAGAGGAAAGAAACAGGGAUGCCGGGAAACAAGAACAUUUUAGAACUGUAUUUCACGAAAAAAGGGUUACAUUUUUGUAUCAGAUCCCGGCCGGGAGUUCCGGACCUGGGGCCACGUGUACGGUAAUGACGUCAUGCUUUCUUGUUUGAAAUCACAAACAUUUUGACUUCUUUCGCUUUGACUUUUCAUUCAGACAAAUUGCAUAAUACAUGUACUACAUAUAUUGCAAGUCUCUAUAUUGUAUAUUGUGCGGGUACUGGAGGCACGUUUUCAGCUGUGGUAGACAGAAAAGCAGUAUGCAGUAUCCUAUCCGGCCCCCUGUGGUUGUAGCAAAGCAUCCCAUGCUUGACCAGCUGAGAAACAAGAAUUGAAUUGUCCAAUUUCGGCAGAUUGUUGUUGCAUAUCGGUCCUUGGUUAUACUAUUCGAGGAGAUUCCUUAUAAUUACUUUACUGGUGUGCAAGCGCGCACGGAGAAAUGGAAGAAAAAAAAGUAGUUGUGCUCGAUAACGGAGGAUACACCGCUAAAAUUGGGCUGGCAUCCUCUGACCUACCUAGAGUUGUACCGAACUGCAUGACCAAAGCUAAAGCCGAGCGCAGAAGAACAUUUGUCGGUGCGGAGCUGGACGAAUGCAAGGACAAAUCUGGACUAUACUAUGUCAGUGCCUUUCAAAAGGGAUACAUGACAAACUGGGAUAUUGAACAUGUAAUAUGGGACUACAUGUUCAGUAAGAACUGCCUGAAGAUCAAGCCCGAGUCGUGUCAUCUGGCUCUAACUGAGCCAGUCUUCAACUUCCCGUGCAUUCAGGAGGCGCUUGAUGAGAUCAUCUUUGAGGAUUACCGAUUCCAAUCAUUAGUUCGUCAUUGGGGUCCUGUGUACAGUGCGUAUAGUUACAGUCAGCAAGCAUGUGCCACCGUAGCCUGUAGCAGUAGUGACAGCAAUGACACUGGCAAUGGCAGCAGCACCGGCAGCAACAGUAGUAGCAGCGGCAGCAGCUGCACCCGUGCUGCCAGUUCCAGUAGGGCAACCCUCUGCAGCCUGGUGGUGGACGUUGGCCACUCGUUUACACACGUCUUGCCGUUCAUACAAGGCAAAGUCAUCUCUUCUGCGGUACUACGGAUUGAUGUGGGCGGCAAAGUUUUAACGAAUUACCUGAAAGAUGUCACGUCGUAUCGGCAGCUGAAUGUCAUGGAUGAAACAUACGUUGUCAAUCAGAUGAAGGAGGACUGCUGUUUUGUCAGCCAGGAUCUAGUGCAAGACAUGGGAAUCGCAAAACUUCGCGGCAAGGGAAACACCAUUGUCGGUGACUAUGCCCUUCCAGAUUUUCAAGUACUGCAUCGUGGUGCAUUUAAGAAACGAGCAAGCACUGCUACGCCAGACGGUGAAUCAAGCCAAGCUGUUGACGAACAGCUCCAGUCCAUAGUGCUCAACAAUGAACGGUUCUCUGUGCCGGAGUUACUAUUUCACCCAUCUGAUAUCGGCAUUGAUCAGAUGGGUGUGUGCGAGGCGAUAGUUCAUGCCAUCUCACGCACUCCGAUUGCUCUACAUCCGCAUUUCUAUCAGAAUAUCUUGGUGACCGGCGGUAGUGCAUCGUUUCCCGGCAUGCAGGGGCGUAUGUACAGGGAACUGCGCAUGUUAGCACCUGUUGACUACAAAGUCGUAGUGUCCGUGGCAGAGAACCCUACACUGCAUUGCUGGAAGUCAGCCGCAGAGUUUGCAACAAAUGAAGAACAUGCUGCAAAGUUCACUGUGACACGAGAGGAGUAUGAAGAGCACGGUCGUGCUGUUUGUCAGCAACGAUUUCGGCAUGAGAGCAGUCUCUGAACGACUAAGUCACAGCUAGCCUGGCGCUGUGUCAGCUAUAAUACUGAUCGUACUUCCUUGGAGUACACGCUGGACUAGCACUAGACUUUUGGAUGCUAGCUGAUCAAUGCGUUUGCACUACGUCAUCUAGGUGAAAGGAAGCUCCGUCGCAAGUCAAUCAUCAACCAGCACAUUGUACCAACUGCAUCAUCAAUGUCAUCGUAUGGCAAGUAUGCUGUACGUGUACUGACUGUACCACUACCAGGUACAGCAGGCCAACUAGCACAGGGACAUACUGCGUACCUGCACACACCCCAUGCUCUGCGGUUAGGUCUGCUGACUUCUCACCUGCUGUGCAGAACGCAUUGUUGAAUUAAUAUUCAGUCAAUGCACCACGGCUGUGUCUAUGGCUACUGCAGUCACUGCUUGACCCCAAGUUCUGGGCGGUGCUCUAUUCAACUGCAACGUGUGUGUAAGUUGUGGCCAGUCUCAGCCAGCAAGACACUAUGUGAACUAUGUUGUACGCUCUAUGCUGACCAAGCUCAGCUACAGCAGUGCAAAACUUUCAUGUACAUAAUAUUAAUAACUCUCUCUCUGCUUGGAUGCUGCCUUUAAUACUUCAUAUUGGAAAGUCCUUCAGAAUAAUCCACACAAAUCUUCCAUUCUAAUCCAUGAAAAUCAUGAUCUUCCAUUGAAAUCCACUGGUAUCUAGAGUCUCUAUUCCCGGUCCAGCACACUCGUACCUCCCCAUGGCUAUUCACCCUAGUUGCAGCAACCAGCUUCGUAUUCUUUUGAUUGGUUUUAUGAUAAAAUGCUCAUCCCAACAUGCUUCUAAGUCUAUAAAAGUUCAAAAGUAA